CUAUUCUCAGCCACGCCAGAUGCCCUCUUGGCAACUAAGUUUAGUAGGACAGUUUGUCAAAAGUAGUAGUUAUGAUAGUGUUUGAUGCGACCACAGAUGUUGGUCGUGGAGAUGGGAUUUUAUGCAGACUGGGGAGUUAGAGAGGAUGACUUGGAAUUACUGCCUGAAAUGCAAAAGACUGUAACAUCACACGUGCUGAAAUUUGAGACGACAGAAAACAAGAUUUGAGGACGUGAAAGUUACUUUCUUGGUUUUGUGUGUGUGUAGGGAGAGGUGUGGGUGGCAUGCAGUGGAACCUGAGAAUUAAGGAGUAUAAAAUUGAAAACCAGAGAAACAGGUUAUAUAUUUCAGUCUAAAAUGCCUUCUGAUUUCUCAUUGUUGACUUCCUUCCUUACUAUGGAGUUAUGUUAAUUUUCUAGCUCAAUUUAAUGAUUCCGGCGUGGUGUUAAAUAGAAAAGGACUUUCAAUGGAGGAACUAGUAUAUAAGAAUUAGAGAGGAGAACCUUUGGUCCCAGAUGGCCAGAGGGAUAUUCUUUUCAGCUUUCCAGUGGUUUGACAGUUAGCUUUCUCAGCUGGAGCAAUCUGCUCCCUGGUAGGACAGCAAGGCACCCCGCAUGACACAGUUUGGAUAGUUCUUUUGCACUGAAGAGAGUUUUAUAAAAUUGUAACUGCCCCAGAACCUUUUCAUUGCCUUGUGUGCCCAGGAGUAAAGCAAAUAGAGGUUGUUUAUAUAUGUCUAGUCUGUGGCAGCCCCUGAAUUUUAAAUUAUUUACUUGUAUUUUCAGAUACUACACUAAUUCACUAAUGUCUGACAUCUUAUCACAGCACUACAGCCAUCAUGCGUCCUUAAAAAUGAUUUAUUUUUAAUAAUGCAUAUGGGAGAGUGGGCAGGUUAUGUGCACAUGAGUGAGAGGUCAGAAGAGGACUGUGUCUCCUGGAGCAGGAGUUACCAGCUGGGAACCAAACUCUCUGGAAGAAGGAAAUGGCAAAAAGUCUUUUGACUACAUCUCUGUCUGCAAGGACGAAACUGUUACAAACGGGAGUGUCGCUUUAUAAUACAUCUCAUGGCUUCCACGAGGAGGAAGUGAAAAAGAUACUGGAGCAGUUUCCUGGUGGAUCCAUUGACCUUCAGAAGAAACAGAAUGGCAUUGGCAUUCUCACUCUGAACAACCCCAAUAAAAUGAAUGCCUUCUCAGGUGUCAUGAUGCUACAACUUUUGGAAAGGGUAAUUGAAUUGGAAAAUUGGACAGAGGGGAAAGGCCUCAUUGUCCAUGGGGCAAAAAAUACUUUUUGCUCAGGAUCUGAUCUGAAUGCUGUGAAAGCACUCUCCACUCCAGAGAAUGGAGUGGCCUUAUCUAUGUUCAUGCAGAACACCUUAACAAGAUUUAUGAGACUACCGUUAAUAAGUGUUGCUCUGGUUCAAGGCUGGGCAAUGGGUGGAGGAGCAGAAUUUACUACAGCAUGUGAUUUCAGGUUAAUGACUGUGGAGAGCGUGAUCAGAUUUGUCCACAAGGAGAUGGGGAUAGUGCCAAGCUGGGGUGGUGCCAGCCGGCUGGUUGAAAUCAUCGGCAGCAGACAAGCUCUUAAAGUGUUAAGUGGGACCUUCAAACUGGAUUCCAAGAAAGCUUUAAAUAUAGGCUUGGCUGAUGAGGUCUUACAGUCUUCUGAUGAAUCUAAGGCUCUAGAAGAGGCCCAGGAGUGGCUGGAGCAGUUUGUCAGUGGGCCUCCAGAAGUCAUUAGAGGUUUAAAGACAUCUGUUUGUUCAGGCAGAGAGCUGUACUUAGAAGAAGCAUUACAGAAUGAAAGAGAUGUUUUAGGCACACUGUGGGGCGGGCCUGCAAACCUCGAGGCUAUUGCUAAGAGAGGGAAGCAUACUAAGUAGUUUUAAAAUGUGGGUGUACUGCAGGUUGAUGCGCCUGAGAUGGAGGGCAGUGAUGACAGGAAAAAUGAGCGGCAGAACUCAUUAGAAGUUAACGUGCUUAUUUGGCUUGGGUGAUAUUCUUUCUUUUUUAACAUUUGCUUAGUCACUUCUACCAAUUUCUACAUUCCUAUAGUAAUUCUCCUAGAACCAAAGGUCAAUUUUCAAACAGGAAACCUAUCCCUGGGCUUACCUUUUGUAACAUACUUAUAAUUUAAAUUUUAAGGCUGGGUCUUAAACUUAUUUAUGUAGCCAAGAGUAGUUUUGAAUUUCUAAUUCCCCUGCCACCACCUCCCAAAUGCUGGUAUAUACUAUUGUGUCUGACCAUUUUGUUCUUUCUUAAGUUGAUGUAAUUUACAAAAAUAAAAUUAAAAACAAAAUAAAAAGAUCUCAAUAAAUAUGUCAUAUGAAGCAGAAAGCAGAGAGGAUUAGAGGCAUACAAGAAAUAUUAGUCACUUGUUCUGCUCUGUACACUUAAAAUACUGAUGGAAAUGGUCCUUCAAUAAAGAAAAAGGUGCAUUUUUGCUGAAUUUGGAGCUUCAGUUGGUCUUUUUAACCCUAUUUCAAAUGACCCACUAAACAGUAAAAGCUACUACACAGAGCACUGACUGGCUGUACAAAGUAGCUUUGCAUUGUUCCCUGGAAUUCUCAAGCCAGUGGUAAAAUAGUACUAUUGAUGGGGUUUUACAAUUGAAAUUAUUAAAGAAUCAGGAAGCAUCCUUAAACAGUAAUUUUCAUUUUUACCAGAUUUUUGAAUAAUACUUAACUUUAAUUCUUGUGUAGCUGUCUUUUAAUACUAAAUUUAAUAAAAACAUGUAAUUGAAACAUUA